AGAGUGACCAGCGUCUUCCAGUCGGGUUCAGGGUUUAGAGCAGUUGGGGUUAAUUUCCGCCCUGUGGUGGCCGUUCAUAUCAAGUAGACCUCAACUUUUUUAUCCGCCGACAGCCGUCGUCAUGUCCAACAACAAUGCCAGCAACAACUUAAUUAUCGCUCAAAGGGCCGUGAAGCAGCUCCGGUUAGAGGCCAGUUUCCGAAGGAUCAAGGUGUCUCAGGCUGCUGCUGAGCUGAGAAACUUCUGUCUGCAAAAUGCCUCCAAGGACCCUCUCCUGGUCGGGGUCCCCUCCAGUGAUAAUCCCUUCAGACCCCCCAAGUCCUGCUCCCUCUUCUGAGCAGAAAACAGGAGGAGGAUUUAUCCGUCGAAGGCUUUCUACACUUCUACUUGAUGUCGCUGUGGAUUAAACCAGCAGCUCCUCUUGGGAUGAUGCAACAUGGGACUGAUGGGUUUAGGGGAAAGAACUUUUUCACUUGUUUGCCAAAACUAAUGGUAUCAUAACUCCUAUCUGUUACAUUAAAGCAGGGCCAACCU